CUUUACUUUGGAUUAAUUUACUAUCAGAAUUUCAUUUCAUAUUGUCGAAAUCUGUGACGUUAAGCAAACGUUUCAUUAAUAUUUAUCAUUUUCAUUGUGAACCUUUAUAUUUCUCACUUUACUUCUAAGGGAAUUGUGGUUUAUUGGCUAAAACACUUGAUGUCCAACCAUUGAAUUUCAAAUGUUAACUCUUCCACAACAACUAUUGUCUAGACGGUCCAGUAGAGUAUGGUAAUAAACCCUGACGCAUGAAAUUAUGAAUCAAGGUCGAGUGUACAAACUUUUACUCGGCAAAUGAGUUAUUUUAAUACUAUCACUUCUACAAUUUUCACACAUGUUCAUGUUUCUUUACGUGUUUGAUUUAUUGCUAUCACUGUUUUUUCUUCCCACAGGUUUUGGUCGAGGAUUCGAUUUACGAUAUUUAUGUUGUAAUGGUGACAUAGGUCAACCUGGCUGUCAAAUUUGUCCUAAAGGUCAUGUUCAUGAUGCUAACAAGUGGUUAGACAAUGAAGGGUUUGUUGUUACAUUGCCACCACUUCCAAAGUCACAAGAACAUGAUGAUGAUAAUCCUAGUUGUAAUGUAUACGCUCUUGAUUGUGAAAUGGUUUAUACAACUGGUGGUUGUGAACUAGCGAGAGUCACUAUUAUUAAUUCAAAACUUGAAUCUAUUCUAGAUGAAAUUGUUUGUCCAGACAAUCCUGUCAUUGAUUGUAACUCACGUUUUUCUGGCUUAAAGCUAGAAGAGGUAGAACAGGCAAAAUAUCAUAUUACUGAUAUUCAAGCAAAACUAUUGCAUUUAUUCGAUUCAGAUACAAUAUUAGUUGGUCAUAGCUUAGAAAGUGAUUUAACAGCUCUCAAAUUGAUACAUAAGAAAAUUGUCGAUACUUCGAUUGUAUUUCCGCACCGGUUAGGUCUACCAAAGAAACGGGCUUUACGGAACUUAGUUAGCGAAAUACUUCAACAAAUUAUACAACAAGAUGAGAAUGGUCACAACAGUAUGGAGGAUGCUAUUGCCUGUAUGCAACUUGUUCACCAUAAGGUCAAAGAAGAUUUACGUCGUGGAAAGUGGAAUUUUUCUUAAAGUUUAUCUGUGAUUAUGCAAUCAAAUAUAAACAUGCUUUUGUUUGAUCCUAUUUUCUUACUACCUCGCAAAAAAAUGUAUGUGCUCAGCUUUUCUAUGAAAGAAAGCGACUUACUACAUUUAUUAUUGUAAAUAUUUUCAAUUAAGUAUGUAGGAGGGUAAAUAUAAAUACUCAUUUCACAUUUGAAACGAAUUGUCUAUUCCUAUUCUUCUUUAGUUUUCUCCUCUUUGUACGCUUCGAGUUCGUUUGCAGUGAUUGCUCCUGGAUUAAUUUAUUUUAUUACAUGGUUUAACAGAAUCCAGUAAUUCUAAUCAUAUCGAAAUAUAAUUUAGACAACACUUUAUUGUAGCAGUAGGAAUUACAAUUACUGCUUAUUUGAC